CCGAUGUACAUUUGUUUGACUCUACCAGCGAGCUAUGAAGGUCUGCAAUCAGCUGUUACUGUUGUAGUCAUUUGAGUAUUAAGAUGCCUUUCCUCAGUCCAGACUGGAGAUGUCCUGGAGAUCAGUGGCUAAAGACAAACGAAAGUGGCAGCAUGUGGGAAAAUGCCAAAAUUUAUCGGCUCAGAAUGUUUGAAACCAUUAAUGAGAAUGUUGUAAAGCGACUGUGUCGGCAAACAUUAGAAGAUGAAAUGAAGUCAACACCGUAUGUUAGUGAAUACCUUAAAGCCGUUUUUUACCAACCAUACAUACACCUUCAAGCAGGGACUACUCGUGAGAUCGCUACAACAACAACUAUUAGUGAGGCUCUCCUAAAGCUCGAUACCAAAGCUGCUUUAAGAGACAUAAGAAGAUUCGAUUAUAUAUGCAAAAUAAUUGAACUUCUUAUUUCAGAGCACUUUCACAGGUUAGCCGGAAGGUUACAGCUCUUCCUAAUUGAACUUCUAAAAGAGGUGCUCAAACAAGUUCAAGCUAGUUGCAACCAGACAGAACGUUUUCGAAAGCUUCUGGAUGCAUUAAGAGAAAAUCUAGAGAAAAAUGAAUAUGAUCAUAUUGGAAGUGCCUUACUUUGGCAGAAUCAUAAAAAAGCCCUAGAUGAGAUGUACAUUUGUAUCGAUGAAUUUGAUAUUGAAAAAAAAAUUCAAUCAUUUACAACAUGUCCGCCUUACAAGCUCAGGUCCUUGAGUGUACGUGAAAACUCUUCAGAAGAAGGUAUAAAACUUGAAAGACUUCCAUCUGAAUGUUUGACUCAUGUCCUGACCUAUAUAAACUCUCCUCAGGAUCUUGAAACGGCGUCUUUGGCUUCAAGUGCACUAGCCAGUGUAGUUGCAGAUAAAUACUUCUGGAAAACGUUAACACUAGCACACUUUGAUAUAAGUCAGAUACCAGCAGUUAAUUAUGGUCUCCCUGGAUGGCAUACCCGAUCUCCAGCAUCAAUUGAUGAUUGUGAUUGGAAACGAGCCUAUGUCAGACUGCUCAAAAUAUACGGAGACAAUCAUAUUUAUCCAGCUAAGCUAGCUGUCUGCGAAGUUUGCUUUUGUUUGUUUUGGCCGAUAUUUGGACAUCCUUGCCAUUAUCCUGAUAAAGAACAACGUAUCCGUCUUCUUACUCCAAAUGAAUUUAUUACGCUCUUCCAAAUCUAAUAGUAUAAUUCAUACAUGAAAACAUUUGAGUGCCUUCAGUUUAUUUACUUCAGUCAUAAAUCUUUUUUUUUAUAACAAUAAUCUAGUUUUUCAUUUGUUUGUUUUUUAAAAAAAAAGAGGAACAAUAGUCUGUAUUUAUUCUCAUUUUCAUCUCAUAACAAAAGAAGAAAAAAGAAAACAUGCAUUUACUCAUUAUUAUGUGCAAUUCCUUCUUUUCAAAUGACUAGCAUUCAUUGUUGUUUAUUUAUUUAUUUGAUCUCAAACAAACUUUCAAAAGAACUCAUAACUUCUAUUUAUAAUCUUAUGAAACUAUGAUCAUUUUCUAGUUAUUGUUCUUUAUAUUAUCUUUGUUUGUUUUUAUGAAUCCGUUCUAAUUUUACUUCCGGUUUAUUUGGGACUUGAUAGCCCUUUUCUUUCUUUUUUUUAAAAAAAAAAGAAAGAAAAAACUCAUUUAAUAAAUUAUAUAUUUUCAUAUAAGCUUAAGCAUGUCAAUACAUAUGUGAUUCACCCAUUAUGUACAUCAAACUGUGAUCGGCCAAAAAAACAACAACAACAAAGAAAUACUGUAAAGAGACUUUAUUUUUGGCGCCAGUUUACUACUGAAGUCUGUUUCUAUUUCCCUAUUGAUUUAUUUGUUUAUUUAUUCAACUUAUUUUUUCUUCUGUUUCUGUUGUUGCAAGAUUUAUUUUUUUUUUGUUUUUAUCAUAUCAGAAAGUGGAAAAGGCUUGUUUUUAAAUCCUAUUUAUCAUUUUCCAUAAAGGCAUACAUAAAUAUUUAUUUGUUGUUUCAUUUAACAAAGCAUUCAUAUAAUAAAUAUACAUCUUCAUACAUUUA